UGCUCCACGACGUUGCCGCAUUUCUCUCUGAACAAUUUUCUCCCUCAAAACAAUCCAAAAAUAAUCAAAACACUUCCUCGUCUGCAAAUCGCGAUGCGGCGAUGCGUCACGCGAGUCCCGUGGCGAAAAAUCUUAACCUAAAAUACCCCGACGUCUAUAACUAGGCGACUUCCUUCGCCUGUGCUUGAUUCUGUUUUUGUUUAUUAUAUUUCCCGAAGUGCUGCAAACCAAGCCGGUCGUGGAGCUUUCAAACGGUCUAACAAUACGAAAAGGACAACGCAACGUUUUAAACGAAAUAAUUAGGUACAUAUUUAAUAAUAUAAAACUAAUAAUAUAAUAAGUAUGUGCACAAUGAUAUGAAGUAUUCAAUACAUAGCAAUAACUUAGGCAUUUAAAGUAGUUUUUAAGUACAAGUAAAGUGUUGUGCAAAGGUGGAUAACUUGACGACAGGCAAGCGAAAUGCCGGGUUUACCCCGGUUACCGACAGAUACAGCGUCAUCCUGACGAUAUCAACAAACGCCUCGGACGGGUUCACUUUGAUAAACGAUUACAACGCCGCCCCGCUGUUCGCCUCUGAAAACGCCUCCAGUGAAGUGUGGAGCGCGGGCGGCGGGGCCGGCGGCGGCACUGCAGCAUGCGGUAGCAGCGGCAUGGACCUCAAACACGAGGUGGCUUACCGUGGCCUGCCCAAUCAGGUCAAAGCCGAGCCCGGCGUCAGCCACAACGGCCACCAGCUCAACGGCCACGUGCGCGAGUGGAUGGCGGGCGGGGGGGGAGGAUCGCCGUCGCCCGGGGCAGCCACGCAGCCGCAGCCGAACAAUGGGUACUCCUCGCCGCUGUCGUCGAGUAGCUACGGGCCAUAUAGUCCUAAUGGGAAAAUAGGUCGUGAGGAGUUGUCACCGGCAUCCAGCGUCAAUGGCUGCAGUACGGACGGCGAUGCGAGACGACAGAAAAAGGGGCCGGCACCGCGGCAGCAGGAGGAGUUGUGCCUCGUAUGCGGGGACAGAGCCUCCGGAUAUCAUUACAAUGCGCUAACGUGUGAAGGAUGCAAAGGAUUCUUCAGGCGGAGUGUGACAAAAAAUGCGGUUUAUAUAUGCAAAUUCGGGCACGCGUGCGAAAUGGACAUGUAUAUGCGAAGGAAAUGUCAGGAAUGCCGGUUAAAGAAAUGUCUUGCGGUGGGUAUGAGACCAGAGUGCGUCGUGCCUGAGACCCAGUGUGCGAUAAAGCGGAAAGAGAAAAAGGCACAGAGGGAGAAAGACAAAUUGCCCGUGAGCACGACGACAGUCGACGAUCACAUGCCCCCCAUCAUGCAGUGCGAUCCGCCACCACCAGAGGCCGCCAGGAUUCUGGAAUGUUUGCAGCACGAAGUGGUCCCGCGGUUCCUGUCGGACAAACUGAUGGAGCAGAACCGGCUGAAAAACAUCCCUCCUCUGACCGCCAAUCAGCAGUUCCUCAUCGCGAGGCUCGUGUGGUACCAGGACGGAUACGAGCAGCCUUCUGAAGAGGAUCUCAAAAGGGUCACACAGACGUGGCAGCCAACAGACGAGGACGACGACGACAUGCCGUUCCGCCAGAUCACGGAGAUGACGAUCCUCACUGUGCAGCUUAUAGUGGAGUUCGCCAAAGGCUUGCCUGGCUUCUCCAAAAUCUCACAACCAGAUCAAAUCACGUUACUAAAGGCGUGCUCAAGCGAGGUGAUGAUGUUGCGAGUGGCGCGGCGGUAUGACGCGGCGACGGACAGUGUUCUGUUCGCGAACAACCAGGCGUACACUCGCGACAACUACCGCAAGGCUGGCAUGGCGUAUGUCAUCGAGGACUUGUUGCACUUCUGUCGGUGCAUGUACUCAAUGACUAUGGAUAAUGUGCACUACGCGCUACUCACUGCCAUCGUCAUCUUCUCAGACCGGCCGGGGCUGGAGCAGCCGCAGCUGGUGGAGGAGAUCCAGCGGUACUACCUGAACACCCUGCGCGUGUACAUCAUGAACCAGCACUCGGACUCGCCGCGCUGCGCCGUGGUGUUCGGCAAGAUCCUGUCCGUGCUCACGGAGAUCCGCACGCUCGGCAUGCAGAACUCCAACAUGUGCAUCUCGCUCAAGCUCAAGAACCGCAAGCUGCCGCCCUUCCUGGAGGAGAUCUGGGACGUGGCCGACGUGUCCACGGCCCAGCAGCUGCCGCUCGUGGACGCGGGCUCGGCCCUCUAGCCCGCCCGCGCCUCUCGCUGCCUGUGAGCGGCCCCACACACAAGGAGAGAACGCUCAUAGACUGGCUAGUUUUAGUGAAGUGCGAGGACACAACGUCGGACGUGAUCAUCCUAUUUAUAAGGACUGUGCGUGGGACUAUCCCCGAUUUCGUUCGUAUUCGGUGACCGACGACGAAUGCGCGAGAUUAGUGAAUAUAUGUGUUGUUGAACGUUUGGAGAAUAUAUUAGUGUUGAUCGUUUGUGGCCCGCGCGCCGGCCGCAAUGACCGCGUCUCGUUCUGGCCGGCGCGACCGGAGGGACCCUUUAUAUCGUUUUCGACUGGAUAUUGUUGGUCACUCGGAUACGGCUGUAUUAUAAGACUUCGAUAAGUACACCUCCUAAAUUACAGAUACGUACAUACUACCAGAGUUAUAGAGAAAAAAAAGUAAUAUAUGAGAUGUUUCUAUUGGGUGAAAAGUUGAUAUGUUUAUUUACCAAAAUUAACGAUAUGUUGAUUAACCUUUUCGAUUAAUAUAUGUGAUGAGUAGCAGUGUAACGUUCCGCGACGUUAUCCCGAGUUCGCUGGCUGCCGGCCGCGGACCUUAUGUACGUGAUAUUCUGCGGUGUUUGUUUAUAUAUAGUUUAUGUCAAACGUGUUAUCGUGUCCCGUCGAUUUCGUUCCGAUUCAUGUUCCAUUGCUCCGCUCGCGUCCGCGUCAGUAAUUUAUAAUUUAUUAUGCUGUGAUUACAUUUAUAACAUGUUGAAUUAUCUUACGUAGGCUGAGAUAAGUGUGUCUUAUUACAUUUAACACUACUGUCGGUAGCUUUCACAGAAGCAUUCAUAGGUCGCUUAGAUGGCAAAUCGACAUUGCAUUUUACACUGUUUUCGCUGGAAUGUCCUACAACGCCUAUAAUCUGUACAUUUCUAUAAGGAUUAGUUACGCUGCAUAUCGAUAAUCAAUUUAUCACACGCUGAAAGGCCAAAUCUACGUGAGUGUGCAAUUUAUUCCAUAAGCAUAAAUAAUAAGAGCAUUGCAAAUAGACUUUGUGUACGUGUCACAUGUUUUAAAACAUAGUUACUUACAAGGAGGCAGGUUUGGUGCGUGUUCCCAGUUAUAAAAAUACAUUACUUAUUAUACGAUACUUUGGAUGUUUCUACUUAAAUAGGACGUCGCGUGCAUGUGGUAAGGCACAUGUUAUGUAGAUAUGAAAUUAGAUAGUUGGUCCCCAAGAAAUUACCAAACUUGUACAGUAUUCUUUGAAUAAUUAUUUGAAUGUUUGAUUUGAAGCCCGCCACUCUUCUCUACUUAAAGUACAAAAUGGCAGCUAAUAAUUAUAUAUUUUGUUUAAAACUAUUUAUGGCAUGUAUUUGGCCGAGCUUACUCUAUGGGAACAAUAUUGGUGUAGUAGAUACUACAAUGUAAAGAUAGUCUUAUCUACAAGGGCGCGUUAUAUGGCUAGAUGUUAUGGUACAUAUUAAAAUAGUACGUCUCUGCCAGCGCGUCAGUUAAUGUGUCCUUGUUUGGGCGGUCUUAUGUCUACAUGCACGCAACGUCCAAUAAUCGCGGAACCAAAUCUACCUCCGACCAGCGGAUAUUAAUUAAUCAUAGUAGGUCUAACAUUUGAACACUAACUGCCCGUAAAGCUAUAAAUAGCCACAUACGAUAUGCCUUAUUUCGCGUUACCUGUGUCGUGUACCUACAUUGUUGAUGAGAGGAAAACAUAGUAUAUAGAAGAUAAAAUUAAUAGAUCUCAAUUACCGUAAGCGUUGUUAACGUUCGUUCGUUUAGCGAGUUUUCCGUUCGUCGGCCGCCGGUCUUCGUGACUAGCCCAAGCCGGCGGCUUCGCUUGCCUCAUGCAAGUGGCUUUCUGUCGCGCAACAAACAGCUAGUUAGCUUUUGGUUAGGAAGUUCAAUUUUUUAAAUGUUCGUAUAAGUAUUUAUUAAAAACAAUUUGUCCAUAUUUAUAUGAGGAUUAGUACUGAAAAUGCAAAUUGAUUGUCGUAUACCUGUUAACUGUUUGCAAUUAGUGGCACUUGGCAUGAUAUAAUUUUAUAAGCCAUGAAUUAUUACAAUUAAUCUUUAUAUAUACUAAAAAUGUGUGUCACAGUGUUAGUUGCCAUACUAUUCCGAAACGGCUUGACCGAUUUAGAUGAAAUUUUAUUUGUAUAUUCAUUUGGUCUGAGAAUCGGUUGUUACCUAUUUUUAUACCACCCGAGCGAAGUCGGGACGGGCCGCUAGUAUAUCUAUAAUAAUAAUGAUAACAGAAAGCCACUUUUCCUGGGGACUGUUGUACAGUGACCGUCUCCACGUCUUCGAUGUCUGUUACGAGAACUUUCUUAAAAAGUAGAACACCAAAUCGCGUAUGUUUGUUCAUCUUAACAUCUCACCACACGAAAUUAUUCACCAUCCAUUUUACGCGUUUAAGAAGUAAUUAAGUGUCUGUCUGGUGCGUGUUGAAUGUGUCUUCUUUACAUGCCAUUAAGUGUGAUGUAUUUACAUAAUCGGUAUGCCUGGGGUUUUUGGAAAUGCAUUUCUUAAUAUACGUAUAAAUUCAGAGUGAAACGAUCGCGCUUGCACCGCGGACCGCGCGCUAGUCGGCUUGAGUACAUCUUUUCGACUUAUAUAAUUUUAUUCUAGCAUUAGGCGAUCUAUAAUAGAGAAAGAUGCACAAAACGUCACUGGAGUGUCUUAGGUGUCCUGCUGAUUGGGGCGUAUUAACGAAUACACUGCCAUUAUAACUUAUUUACUUGACGCGUGGGUUAUAACGGGCCAAGUCGUGGUCCGUACUCGAGUUGAGCGUUUCAGAAUCUCGCUGCGAACGAUGCCUUAUGACCGAGAUGUUGCCGUGAGCCGAGCAGUCGCCUCUUACGGCCACAUCGGAGGUUUGUGACAAAAAUAACUGCCAUUCGAUAAGUAAUUAUUAUACAUCAUUUGUCGCGUAGUUUUCAUAUUAGCUUGGUAGGAUCCGGACCCCGUCGGUGCACAGCCGGUCGUGUUUGAUACAUAUUAUUCAAUUUCGAAAUUGUAAUAGGUUUAUUAAGUAAUGUAAUAAUCUCACACGAGAAACUAAUAAGUAAUGAGAUACCAUAAUAUAAUUUGUGUCUUUAGCUAAUAAUGGAACAUUAGUAAGAUGAUAAGUUUAUAUCGCUUAUUGGGAUAAUGAUGUAAAAGCGAGACGGCACACUGAGCACCCCACUGAGUCAGCAUGUGUAAGGGAGAUGGCGAUAUGUGUAGACAAGACUGGCAGAGGAGAGUACGAUGAUCGACUGUUAUAACCUGUUGUCCUUUAUUGCCUUUUGAAUUCGAAUUGUAUUACUUUUACAUGGAAGCACUGAGAAGAGUAUUGUUGUGACCAAACGUGGCACGUCCAGUCUUUACAAACGGUGGACUUGAUUGUGGGAGUCUACUUUAUGUCCAUUAACUUUGUACAUAGAUACCUCUAGAUUCUAUUGUCAUAUGUUUGACAUAUGUACUUUUAAUUUUAUUCAUCUAAGUACAGAUGGCUGUUGUUAUUUUUAUAUUAUUUGGGUAGAAUAUAUUUUUUUGUAAAUUACCUCCAUAUUUAUGUUUCGUAUGCUUUGUAAGCCGUAGGGACUUAGUAUAGUGUACGAGCUACGAACAUUGUGAUGAUUUGUAAUUUCAUUGAAUUUUGUAUUUACUGAAAUCGCCAACAUAUUCUUCGUUUCGACAGAUUUAAUAAUUUUGUUACUUCAGAGUGCAAUAUGUACAAAUAUUUACAUAUUAAAUAUAAAAUGUACAGUCAAUUUUUAGUUUUAAUGUGUCAACGCAAUAUCCUUUUUUAUCAUUCGUUGAAUGUACACUAAAAGGCAUAAUAACUAUAUCACAAGUGAGUUGCGCUGGAAAUGCAACGUUCACUCUCACUAUUGUGUUUUUCUAUUACUUAAGUGAUUAAUUUUACAUAGAGGUCUAGGUAGAUCUUUGUAUUUAAAUUUGCUAAUUUUUUUUCGUAGUAGAUUAGUUUUGUUUACAUUGAUAAGGAGAAUAAUGUACAUUUUCAAUUGAUUUUAAAGUGAUUUAGUUGUUAUUUAGUGACGAAUUUUCUUAUUAGGUGUAACUGGCAGCCUCUUGGGGUGGCGCCUAGUUUGCUGAGACCAGUGCUAAGAGUGCAAUGUCCGUUAGAAAAUAGUGGCUUUAAUGAAUCCUACUGCACUUUCCGCCUCGUGGUGGCCGGUGAAGGUCCAAGCCAAGUAUCGCAUACAGUUCAGUGCCACGUGGAACGAUAUGGGAAGGCUGAUUACGCUGUAAGCCCAUUCCGUGUUCGUAGAAACACAAUAUUUGUAUAUUAUUUUCUUAAUCUUUUUAGUCUGCAGUAACUUUUCUUUCCUCCUAAUACUUUGCCUUAAUAAAUCCUCUGUUAUUAAAUAAUUUAACGGCAGUGGUAAAGCGAAUUAGAUAUAGGGAACAGACAUGACGAUAUGUUAAAAUUUUAGAGUCAACUUUUAUAAAAACUACAAAAAUAAACCAUGAAAAGGUGUGUACAAAAAGAGGAAAUUUGUAUGAAACAUUGUUAUGCGAAUAAACUUACACCUCAAGAUAAAAUUAUAAAAAA